AUGAUAAGAAGAAGCUUGAUUAAAUUAGGAGGAUAUCCCAAGGCAUCUUUUCAUGAACAGCACAUUAACCCUUUUUCAAAUGUACAAUGGCAGAGUUAUCCAUUUUUAAAGAAGAAUAUGCCCAAGGUUGAUAUUUUUUCAGAAGAACAUAUUUCAAAGUGUGCUUUAAGCGUUUUUGAUAAAGAGAAAGGUAACUGGUUUGUAAUAGACGCUACAAAUAAAAGUGUAGGAAGUUUAGCUGCAUGCAUUAGUAAAUUAUUACAAGGAAAAUAUAGAGUUGAUUACAAUCCUAAUAAAGUUAAUAGUAGUAGUGUUAUUGUUGUAAAUGCUAUACAUGUGAAGUUUUAUGGACAUACAUGGGAUACCAAAAUUUAUAAAUUCCCAAGAAAAAGUCAUUCAAAAAGUCAUAAAAUUUUAUCAUGUAAAACAGUCUUUGCUAGAAACCCAUCCAUGAUUUUAAAUCUAGCUGUUAAGAGAAUGCUACCCAAUAACAGACUUAGGCAAAUCUUUUAUAGAAAAUUAUAUGUAUAUCCAGGAGCCCUACAUCCACAUUGGGGUAUACCACAAGUUGUAGUACCCAAAAAAAAUGUAGUCAAAAAGGAAGAGCAGCAAGAUAUAAAGACCUUUACCAUUUUGUAA